GCCCUCCCUCCAGCCCGCCCGCCCGGGCCCGGGAGCCGAGUCGCUGCAGCAGCCGGGGGAGAGGCGCACUAGCCCGCUGACUGCCGGAGCCGAGGCUGAGCUUGCACCGCUCGGGGAAAGAAGAGAACUCUUUGCAUGAAAGCUUUGUUUGGAGGGAUAUUAAGGAACACAUUAAGAACCGAAAAUGCCGAAACCAAUCAAUGUCCGUGUUACUACCAUGGAUGCAGAGCUGGAGUUUGCCAUCCAGCCCAACACCACUGGAAAGCAGCUCUUUGACCAGGUGGUUAAGACCAUUGGCCUUCGGGAAGUAUGGUACUUUGGCCUCCAAUAUAUGGACAAUAAAGGAUUUCCAACCUGGUUGAAGCUUGAUAAAAAGGUCUCUGCUCAGGACGUCAGAAAGGAGAACCCCCUCCAGUUCAAAUUCCGGGCCAAAUUCUACCCAGAGGAUGUACCCGAGGAACUGAUCCAGGACAUUACCCAGAAGCUGUUCUUCCUGCAAGUAAAAGAUGGAAUCCUCAGUGAUGAAAUCUACUGCCCUCCCGAGACCGCAGUGCUCCUUGGGUCCUAUGCCGUUCAAGCCAAGUUUGGUGACUAUAAUAAAGAAGUGCACAAGGCUGGAUACCUCAGCUCUGAACGCUUGAUCCCGCAGAGAGUAAUGGACCAGCACAAGCUCUCCAGAGAGCAGUGGGAGGAUCGGAUCCAGGUGUGGCAUGCUGAACACCGUGGGAUGCUGAAAGAUAAUGCUAUGCUGGAGUAUUUGAAGAUUGCUCAGGACUUGGAGAUGUAUGGGAUCAAUUAUUUUGAGAUAAAAAACAAAAAAGGAACAGACCUUUGGCUCGGAGUGGAUGCCCUUGGGCUGAAUAUUUAUGAGAAAGAUGAUAAAUUGACCCCAAAGAUUGGCUUCCCUUGGAGCGAAAUCAGAAAUAUCUCUUUCAAUGACAAAAAGUUUGUCAUUAAACCCAUCGACAAGAAGGCACCUGACUUUGUAUUUUAUGCACCUCGCCUCCGGAUUAAUAAGAGGAUCCUUCAGCUUUGCAUGGGGAACCAUGAGCUGUACAUGCGCCGUAGGAAGCCAGAUACCAUCGAGGUACAGCAGAUGAAAGCCCAAGCACGUGAGGAGAAGCACCAGAAACAACUGGAAAGGCAGCAGUUGGAAACCGAAAAGAAGAGAAGAGAGACUGUUGAACGAGAGAAGGAGCAGAUGUUGCGAGAGAAGGAGGAGCUGAUGCUGAGGCUUCAGGACUAUGAGCAGAAGACCAAGAAAGCAGAAAAGGAGCUCUCUGAUCAGAUCCAGAGAGCCAUUCAGCUGGAAGAAGAAAGGAAACGAGCCCAGGAAGAGGCUGAGCGCCUCGAAGCUGACCGUGUGGCUGCUCUUCGAGCCAAAGAAGAACUGGAGAGACAAGCUGUGGAUCAGAUAAAGAGCCAGGAGCAGCUGGCUGCUGAACUUGCUGAAUACACUGCCAAGAUUGCUCUCCUAGAAGAGGCCAGGAGGCGUAAAGAAGAUGAGGUUGAAGAAUGGCAGCUCAGGGCCCGGGAAGCCCAAGAUGAUCUUGUCAAGACCAAGGAAGAGCUUCACCAGGUGAUGACUGCCCCUCCUCCACCACCACCUCCUGUGUACGAGCCCGUGAAUUACCACCCACACGAGAACUUGCAGGAUGAAGGGACCGAGUACAGCGGCUACAGCGCCGAGUUCUCCAGCGAGGGCAUCAUGGACGACCGAAACGAAGAGAAACGUAUCACUGAGGCCGAGAAGAAUGAGCGUGUGCAGAGGCAGCUGCAGACAUUGACAAACGAGCUGUCCCAGGCCAGGGACGAGAACAAGAGGACCCACAAUGACAUCAUCCACAACGAGAACAUGAGACAAGGACGGGAUAAGUACAAGACUCUGAGGCAGAUUCGGCAGGGAAAUACAAAGCAGAGAAUCGAUGAGUUCGAAGCUAUGUAAAACAUGCUGGGCAGCUGAGAGGGCAGGACCACGGGAAAAGGCAGAUCUGAACACAUUGACUUUUCUGAGGGGUCACUGUAUGACAAACAAAAUGUGUAUAUUUUUUAGUAUUCUAUCAAUCUAGAAACUCCCUACCAUAUUCCAAGUUCUCUCAUGGAGAGAGAAUCGUUAUUCAGCGGGGAUAUUCUGGGGGCUGGGAGGGGAUGGGGUUGGAUGGAGGGGUGCCUAGAGAAUCUCCCGUUUUGUUUCCUAGUGCCAAACAGGCCUACAGCAGGAUUGAUUUGAGUCAGAAUAAGCACCUAUAAAGCCUGAUAAAGCAAUAGAUAGCACUUCAUGCUGGUGCGUGGGUUGCAUCAAGAUUGAGUGUAAUUAAAGAAAACCAACGUGGUGGCCAGACAUGGUGCCAUACCUUGAUUCUUUUCUCUCUCUCUUUUUUUUUUUAAUUCAAUUAGUCUAAGAAGUGCCUGAUUCUAUUCUCAUUCUAUGCAAGAUCCAUCCAUGCUUCUAAAGUGCUAGUUUUGAAAGAUUGGUCUUAAUAAAACAAAAACCUAAAUGAAUCUCCUCCCCUCCUCCUCCCCCUUCCUUCCUUAAGGUGGUCUAUAUUUCCCCUUUCAGGUAACUUGGUUUACUUAAAAAACAUUCCUGCAGUGAUCACUCAGAAGGAACAACAUAGGAACACACUGAUACCUUAUUUUGCAUGACUGUUAGGUUUACUUUGAAUUUCUAUACACCUAAUGUGUUAUACUCUGGCUUAAUUAAUGAUCAGCUGUAGAGUGUAGUAUUUAUAUAUAAAUAUAAGUGAUAAUAAAUAUGGGUUGUAACAUUAGUUUAAAAAAGGGAAAGUUUUGUUCUGUAUAUUUUGUUACCUUUUACAGAAUAAUAAAAGAAUUAAAUAUGAAAAAAACCACUUAGACAAGGUACUUAAUCUGAUGUACUGUGAUGGCAGUCAGGAGACUGGUUACUCAAUGUAAUCACAUUUGUAAAAUGAUUUUUUUUAUUUGUGCUCUUCUUGCAUGUGAUUCAGUAUAUAUACAUAUACAUAUAUAUAUAAACACUUCACUUUUUUCUAACAGAGCUUCUAAUUUUUUAAAAGACAAUGUUGAUUAAUAACAAUUCAGACUCCAGCCAUGAAGGGACUGUUUAAUCCUGUGUGUCAUCUUUGUACUCUGACAAGGAAAAUGUUGCUAUGAGCUACUUCCCUUCCGUCUGUCUCAUCUCUGGAAAGCCAUUAGCCUGUCAGCUGUGGUACACGGUCAGCCCUGCUUCCUCACUGACUUCCUCCUCGUACUUUGUCUUUUUUUAAGUUAAAACAUCAUAUGCAUACGUCUUCUGCACGACUUACACGUGAAAUAAAGGAUCUGCAAGGUGAUGCAUAGCA